AAAGCCACCCAUUCAGAUAACAACGACACAUAUAUUUUGGUGUGAUGGCAGCACUUGAAUCGUGUUUGACGUUUAAAACUGUAUAACACUCUAUAAAUGAAAAGGACCAGUUUUCAAUGUAUGCAAAUCAAUACUGCGUUGGCAUAAGAACUCGAAUAGCCGCAAAACACGUCAAGUCAUCUUUAAUACAGCCAAAAAUAUAAAAUAAGUGCAACGUUUUGGUACCGGCUAAACAGAAGAAAGAAACGUCGAUUCGUUGUGUCGUCAAUAUUUUUGAAAUUGAAUCCUAAUUCAAGACUUUCGCUAUGAAGUCGUCACUAAACAUUUUUUUAGUUUUAUCAUCAAUCGCGCUAUGCGUUUGUGCCGAAGCCAUCUCAAGCAUCGAAUUGAACCGAGACAAUUUUGAAUCGGAAAUCAAAGGAAAAAACUAUUUGGUCAUUUUCUAUUCACAAAGCUGUGAGUUGGGCAAGCGCUUGUUCACCAAAUUCGAUAAAUUAGCUGAAAAUAUCAACAAUCGUGAUGAUGUGAAACUUGCUUACGUUGAUUGCAACGCUGAUUCAGAAUUUUGUGAUUCAAAUGGCGUAAAAGGUUUGGCCGUAUUUUUCUAUCCAGAGGGCAAAGAACGAAUUCAAUUCAGCGGUGUCAAGUCCGAAGAAGGUCUAUCGCGUUUCUUGAUUAAAAAUUUGGGUGAUUCAAUUUUGGAGAAUUUAUUGGAAGUUCCCGAAAAAUUGGAUGCAUUAAACGAUUUGACUGAUGAGACGUUUGCCGAUCAUGUUGCCGUCGGAAAUCACUUUGUUAAGUUUUAUGCACCAUGGUGCGGUCAUUGCCAACGUCUUGAGCCAAUCUGGAAUGAAUUGGCUAACUCAUUGGAGUACGAUCCAUCUGUGUCAAUUUCAAGAAUCGACUGCACUCAAUAUCGUUCAAUUUGCCAAGACUUUGAGGUGAAAGGCUAUCCAACGUUGUUGUGGAUUGUCGAUGGUAAAAAGGUUGAAAAGUACAGCGGAUCGCGUGCCGUUCAAGACUUCAAAGCAUUCAUUGAAGCAAAGACUGCCACUGAGAAAAAAGACUCUGACGAACACGACGCUAAAGUUGAGGAGAUUGCUGUUCUUCAAUUGACUGGUGGUAGCUUCAAUCAUGGUGUCGAAAAGGGCGUUACAAUCGUUAAGUUCUUUGCACCUUGGUGUGGUCAUUGCAAACGUAUGGCACCAACCUGGGACGAAUUGGCUGUUAAGUUUGCCGGUAGCACAGUUGCCAAGGUGGCCAAAGUCGAUUGUACUUUGGAGGAAAGCAAGGAUUUGUGCAAUGAACAAGGUGUUGAUGGAUUCCCAACAAUUUUCCUGUACAAAAAUGGUGAAAAAGUCGAAGAAUACAACGGUAACCGUAUGCUGGAUGAUCUCUUCGAAUUUGUCAGCAAGCACGCACAAUCCCAUGAUGAACUUUAAGUUGUGUUCAAGCCAAUUUUAAUAUGACGAGAAAAAAAAAUCCCAUUAAGCUAAUUUUUUAAUUGUAUCAAUUGUAGCCAUACAUUAGAUUGAAUAGAUUUGUAUAGAUCUUGCACAUUUUAUGUACAGCGAACUUUGUUUAUUUGAUAUUUAGUUGUAAUUUAUGGCAACAUACUCCAAAUCCCGAUGCAAUUAAACCCUUUUUUUUCUGUAACAGUACCUAAAAUACCUAAAUGAAUCGAAAUAUUAUUUAAAAAAAAAAAAAUAACAAUAAAAACCAAAUCAGGAGAAAAAAAA